AUGGAAGAAAAUCAGUUUUUGAGAAAUCUUUUAAGUACCAUUAACGGAGGAGCUCAAGCAGUAAUUACUACCCGGACAAAGUUCUGUCCAUUUCUGUCCACUGAGAAUGAUUUUCUCAAUGCAGUAAUCGCAGCCUCAUAUGGAGAUUUCGAGAAGGAUCGUGAAUACCUGAGCAGGGAUUAUGUAUCUUUUACUGCUAAUAAUCACACUGAAGCAGUUCAGUUGUAUCCUAAACAAUUUCUGAACAAGAUUGGAAAUGCGUACAUGCCGCCUCAUGAACUAAAAUUAAAAAUUGGACUGCCAAUUAUUUUCUUGAGUGGACUAACCAGGGACCAAGACAUUGCUGCGGGCACAAGGUUGAUUAUAACAGAUCUACUAGAACAUGAAAUUGUUGCGGAAGUUUUAACAGGAGCUGCAGUCGGGGAAGAAGUGGUGAUAGGAAGAAGUGUGAUGAAAUCAAGGGACACCAUACCACUAACUAGAUGUCAGUUUCCGGUGAAAAUUUCCUUUGCAAUGCACACUGACAGAUGCAAGGUCUUACUUGGAGGAUGA